CAUCUAGUAUCCACAGUUGCAAGCUCCAAAAACAAAAUUCCCUGGCUGAUAAUUCUCUCACCUCGCCCUGUUUGAUUCCUCAGGUAUCUCGCAAAUGGCGGUCUCAGCUAAACCUCCAACAGUUGCUUCAUGUCACUCCGAUCUUUCCAACUCUCUUCACCGUAACUGUAUGUCCAAUACUAUAAAGUUCUCAAUUUCAUUACGGACCUGUAAACUUUCCCUAAAGAAGAACAAUGAAAUAUCCGUAGCCAGUACUGAUUCCAUCGACACUAGAGACCCCAAUUCCGUAAUAUGCGACCUCUGCCUUAGUGGGAAUCUAGAACAAGCUCUAACACAGCUAAAUACAAUGAAAGAACUCCAACUUACGGUCGAUGAAGAAACUUUUAUCUCGCUAGUCGAACUCUGCGAGCGGAAACGAGCAGAGCCUGAAGGGUGUCAAGUGUACUCUUUAAUAUCCAAUUCGACAACCCAUUUGAGUAUCAGACUUGGGAACUCGUUGUUGAGCAUGUUUGUUAGGUUGCGUAAUUUGGUCGACGCAUGGUAUGUGUUUGGUAAAAUGUCUGAGAGAGAUGUGUUUUCUUGGAAUGUUUUGAUCGGUGGGUAUGCUAAAGCUGGAUACUUUGAUGAGGCGUUGAAUUUGUAUCAUCGAAUGCUAUGGGACGGGCAGAGACCCGAUGUGUAUACUUUUCCUAGUGUUUUGAGGACUUGUGGGGGCGUACCAGAUUUAGGUAGGGGCAGAGAGGUUCAUGUUCAUGUAAUGAGAUUUGGGUUUCAAUCUGAUAUUGAUGUGAAUAACUCUUUGAUGACUAUGUAUGCGAAAUGCGGGGAUGUAUAUAGUGCUCGGUUGGUGUUUGAUAAAAUGCCUGAAAAGGAUAGAAUAUCAUGGAAUGCCAUGAUUUCGGGAUACUUCGAAAACGAGGAGUGUUUGGGAGGGCUUAAAUUGUUUCUUAACAUGCUUGAUUACCUUGUGGUUCCGGAUUUGAGGACUAUGACUAGUGUAAUCUCAGCUUGCGAGUUCAUUGGCGACGAGAGAUUAGGAAAGGUUGUUCAUGGGUAUGCCGCAAAACAUGAUUUUGGAAAGGAUGUUUCUAUUAGUAAUUCAUUAAUACAACUUUACUCAAGCAUUGGAGCUUGGGAAGAAGCAGAAAAGGUUUUUACCAGAGUUGAAUCAAAGGAUGUGGUAUCGUGGACAUCCAUGAUUUCAGGUUAUGAGAAUAACGGGUUACCUGAAAAGGCCGUGGAAAUCUACAAGAAGAUGGAGACAGAAGGCGUUGAGCCUGAUGAAAUCACCAUUGCUAGUGUUCUUUCCGCUUGCGCUUCAUUAGGUCGCUUAGAUAUGGGUAUUGAGCUACAUGAGUUUGCCAAGAGAACUGGACUUUUAUCGUAUGUCAUAGUCACCAACGCUUUAAUUGAUCUAUAUUCCAAAUGUAAACUUAUCGAUAAGGCUUUGGAAGUCUUCCAACUCAUCCCCAACAAGAAUGUGAUAUCUUGGACUUCAAUCAUACUCGGUCUCCGGAUCAACAAUCGGAGCGUUGAGGCCCUUAGUUUCUUUAGAAGGAUGAAAGCUAGUUUAAUGCCGAAUUCAAUUACCUUGAUUUCCGUCCUUUCUGCUUGUGGUAGGAUAGGAGCUCUGAUGACCGGAAAAGAGAUACAUGCCUAUGCGUUAAGAAUUGGACUCGGGUUUGAUGGAUUCCUACCUAACGCACUCCUCGACAUGUAUGUAAGAUGUGGGAGGAUGGAUAUUGCAUGUAACCAAUUCAAUUCACACGAGAAAGACAUUGCUUCUUGGAAUACACUCUUAACCGGCUAUGCCGAAAGAGGACAAGGCAAAGAUGCCAUCGAGCUAUUUAACAAAAUGGAUGUAAAACCAGAUGCUGUUACCUUUAUUUCUUUGUUAUGUGCUUGUGGUAGAUCCGGGAUGGUUGCAAAUGGUUUGGACUAUUUCAACCGUAUGACAGAGGAUUAUGGUCUUGCCCCAAACGUGAAGCAUUAUGCUUGUGUAGUUGAUUUACUUGGACGAGCUGGGAAACUUGAAGAAGCUCACAGGUUCAUUGAAAAAAUGCCUAUAAAACCAGAUCAAGCGAUAUGGGGAGCAUUGUUAAAUGCGUGCAGGAUCCACAAGCAGGUUGAGUUAGGGGAAGUUGCAGCCCAACAUAUACUUGAUAUGGAUGAACCUGAGAGUGUCGGAUAUUACGGACUUUUAUGUGAUUUCUAUGCUGAUAUUGGCAAAUGGGAUGAAGUUGGGAGGGUGAAAAAAUUGAUGAGAGAAAAGGGGGUGACCGUUGAUCCUGGGUGCAGUUGGGUGGAAGUGAAGGGAAGCAUCCAUGCAUUUCUCACUGGUGAUCAAAACCAUCCUCAAGUGAAAGAAAUAAGUGCAGUUUUGGAUGGUUUUUAUGAGAAGAUGGAAGAAGUUGGAUUCGAUGAAGUUGAUGGGCCGAAAGCGGAGAUUUUGUGUGGGCAUAGUGAAAGAUUGGCGAUUGGAUUUGGGCUCAUAAAUACCGCUCCUGGCAUGCCUAUACGAGUAACAAAAAAUCUUUAUAUGUGUGAAAACUGUCAUAAGAUGGUGAAGUUUAUUUCCAAAGUUGUGAGGAGAGAGAUUGGUGUUAGGGAUACCGAAAGUUUUCAUCUUUUUAAGGAUGGUUCGUGUUCUUGUGGGGAUGCUGGUUAUAAGCCGAAAACGGAAACAACCAGGUGAUAUUGCAAUGUGCAUUUUCCAUGUAUAUAUACAUGAUCAUGGUAUAAUUCUAUACUUGAAUUAUCUGAUAAAGGUAUGUUCUAACAUGUUAUUUACAUCAUCAAGACUUAAUAGUAGGUAACGAUUCAUAUACACACACGCCCGCGUUGAUGCUAAUGCAACUAUAAUAGUUGCUUGACUGUCUUGAUGGAAAACUUGAAAGCUUUUUGCUGUAUGGUCGUUACCAUAACACUUCACCGUAGGGUUUCUUCUCGGUAUUGUCCAUGUAUCCAAUGGAGAAGAUGGAAUCCAUGUGAACACCUCCUUAUCUUUCCCAGUUCCCACUCUUGUUUCUUUGCUUCAAAGCUUCUUCCGCCCUAAAAUCUAUCGAUCUUCCUCGCUGGUAAGUUUUCUUUUCUAUGCCAACAAUGAUAUAUUCCUCUUUCUUACCAAACCAACAGAGAAAGAGGAAGCUGAUGGUUUGUGUGCACAGUGCACUUCAGUUUAGGUCUUGAAUAUAUAUAUGGACUUAAUCAUUUGAGAACUCCAUAUAUUGUGAUAAUCGUGAGAACAUUUAUCUUAAGGUAUUGUUUCUUGAAGAUGGACUUUCAUUUCAGGUCAGUGCUCGUAACCAAUCGUAUUAGAAGAUAAGGAGCAAUUAAUAUGAUGACAUAUUUGACCCGGUGGCGAUGUUGGAUUUAGAUGCUCGAUGAUUACAAAGUUAAAUUUCAACAAUUAGACGUCAAAUGUUGUUUUAUCGUUGUUUACAAACUCAUCAAACUUCAUAGACUUGUAGUUCUUCAAAUGGUUGAAAGCCAUACGAUCACGAGCCGAUGAUGAAACAAGAAUGUUGUUAGAAUCUGGGUUCGUAGGUAUAGACCUCUCUUCUUGGUCACCGAAUUUACUCGGUGACGAUCUAAAUACACACUCAAGAUUUAUGGGAAAGGGACUCUGUCCGUUGGACCCCGCAAAGGGGUGAACCUCUUUAAACCCCGUGCUUUAUGAUUUGUUAAAAUGAAAAUACAACAGAAACACGUCUUCUUAACGGUGAAGGGAUGUUGACUUUCUAUCCAGUCAACGCUCGUGACUUGCGCAUUACUGCCCUCAAAAAGUCAA